UUAUGCAAAAUUAGCUUUCAUUUACAUAUUAUUUAUUUAUAACGCACGUGUGUGCCAUUUUUGCUGUUUAUGUUGUGUGCGUUUUGUUUUCUGUUCUGACGGUAGUGUCGGAUAGUACGAUUCAGACAGGCAUAUAUCGCUCUAUUAACAGAUAAAUCUGUCAGAAUAUAGAGAGAAAGGCGAAAAAUGACACUGAAAUAUAUAUAUGAUUUAUAUUCAAGUCGAUGAAAACGUCGAGAAAAGUUCUUCUAAAAGUUUAUAAACUUUUAACUGAAAUUCUAACAGGAGAUUUUAGAUUGUUUAGGAUCUCAUCUGUACAUAGUUUUCUUUUUCUUUUUAUAUGUGAACAGGAUAUUAAUUUAUCAUGUUGUUUUUCUUUUUUUUUUCUUUUUAAAAGUGUUGAAGCAAAAUUUGUCUGGGAAAAUUUACCAUCUCAAUUUCAAGUUGAUACUGAAUUUCAACAAUUACACAAAAUAUGUGUCGCUUUAGAAAAUAAAAAUUAUUUACUUUUUUAUUCAUUAACACAAGAUUUUCAAUUUUCACCAACAAUGUUAAAUAAUAUACAGCAUUUACAAGAACGUAUUACGUUAAAAAAUUUACAAUUAAUAGAAAAUGCAUAUAAAUCAAUAUCAUUUGAUGAUAUUCAAUCACUAUUUGGAAUACCAAGCAAAAUGGCUAGACAACGUAUGUAGCCAUUAAAUAACUCUCUUGAUGUCUUUGAUAUAAAUGGUUUUUUAGAAACCAUAGUUCAGAGUAUCUUCGUCUUUUUUAGUCUGUGAAAACCGUGGUUGGCAGAAAGAUGCAAGUAAUACAUUUGUGUUACCAU